UUUUGAUUCAAUGGAAAACUGUAGUCUGUUAAGGGUGGAAUGGCUUUCACUUGUUCUGUGUUGCGUCGUUGCGCUGCAGUUCAGUUCAAAAUGUUCCGCAGCAAAGGACGUUCUGUAUGAAGGAUUCGAGCAGUAUAAUGGCACUGAAGUUGGCGAGUUUAUCCUCCGCGUGAAGAAACUUAAUCGCACCACGUCGGCCCUUUUCGGUACCAUAAAUCUGAAGAAAGAUUUGGGAGCGGAUCAUAACAUUGACAUAAACUUCUUUCACAGCCCGAAGGGAAAUCAACAGUUCAACCACUACCCGAUGAAGAUUCCCAAAACAAAUAUGUGUGAUUUCACUAAAAACGUCUUUCCGGAUUAUGAAAAGUACUACAAGGAUGUGGUGGAUAAUAUAUUCCAAGUUGGGGAUUGUCCCAUAACUGCUCGGGAAAUGACGAUGAACAACCACAUUCUCGAUAGUAACAUGUUUAGUCCGUAUAACCCGUCCGGAUUGUGGAGAGCUGUUAUCAAGGUGGAAGAUUCAAGCGGAGAAGGGUUUACCGUAGCCUGGACCAUGAAUGCGUAUGGCGAAAACUAUUUUGGUUAAUACGAUACCUAUGAAUAAAGUAUU